CUACAGCCUUUAGAGCGGAGUCAGUGAAUCACCUCAUCAGCCAGGGCAGAGCGGCAUUCACUCUGCGGAGAGGACACCCAGCUGCUCGGUCAGAGACCUUUUUACGCACUGGGGGAGCUACCUGAAAACGCAUAUGUUGGCAUCGUGAGAAGAGGGAUCCAGCAGUUAUUUUUUCUCUAAAUUCUCCUGGAAUAUUCUGUUUGAUUGUUGGCAACUAAUUUCCAUCAGUUACGAGCUGGAAGAUACGGAAGAUAUCUCCUCAGCAGAAUGAAGGGAUUUACACCUUUCUUCAAAAUUAUUCUUGUUGCACUACUUGCCGCCAACGUCUCAGCGACCAAGUUAAAUGUACCGCGGCUGAGACUGUCAUACAAAGACCUGCUUUCCACCAACAGGUCGUCUAUCUUCAGCGGUCAUCAUGGCCAGCUCUCUCUUACCGCUGUCUUCCUGGAUGAGUACCGUGACCGCCUCUUCCUGGGAGGGAAAGAUGUCCUGUACUCUCUCCUGCUGGGACCUGCCAGCAGCGAAUCCAAAGAGAUCUAUUGGCCCCCGUUACCUGGCAACAGAGAGAACUGCAUUCAAACGGGGAAGGAACCACAGACGGAGUGUGCCAACUUUGUUCGCCUCCUGCAGCCAUACAACCGCACCCACCUCCUGGCCUGUGGCACCGGUGCCUUCCAGCCCAUGUGUGCAUUCAUCAAUGUGGGACACAGAGGAGAGCAUGUGUUUACAAUGGACCCUACGAAUGUGGAGAAUGGACGAGGGAAAGUUCCACAUGACCCCAGCCUCCCCUUCGCUAGCACCUUCAGUGGUGGGGAGUUAUAUACAGGACUGACAGCAGAUUUCCUGGGUAGAGACUCUGUGAUCUUCAGGAGUAUGGGAGGUCGCUCCACCAUGAGGACAGAGACUGACCAGAAGCUUCUCCACGACCCUAAGUUCAUCGCUGCCCACCUCAUUCCAGACAACGAUGACAGAGACAACGAUAAAGUCUAUUUCUUCUUUACUGAGAAGGCCACAGAGGCAGGGGACAGGGAGGGGGCCAUACACACACGUGUUGGACGAGUGUGUGCGAAUGAUGUUGGAGGCCAGAGAGUGCUGGUGAACAAAUGGAGUACCUUCAUCAAAGCCAGACUCGUCUGCUCUGUACCAGGACCUCACGGCAUCAACACACACUUCAACCAACUGGAGGAUGUAUUCCUGCUGAGGACCAAGGAUGAGAGGAACCCAGAUGUAUAUGGGAUCUUCAGCACCAUCAGUAAUGUGUUCCAGGGUUUUGCCGUGUGUGUUUACCGUAUGGCUGACAUCAGAGAAGCUUUCAAUGGGCCGUUCGCUCAUAAAGAGGGCCCCGACUACCAGUGGGGGGCCUACGAAGGCAGGGUCCCUUAUCCAAGACCAGGCGUGUGCCCAAGCAAAAUCACCAACCAGCCAGGCAGAGAGUUUGGCAGCACAAAGGACUUCCCUGAUUUGGUGCUGCAGUUUGCCCGCAACCACCCAUUGAUGUGGCGGCCGGUGCAUCCUGCCCUGCGCCAACCUGUGCUUGUAAAGGCCAACAUUCCUUACAAGCUGAAACAAAUUGUGGUGGACCGGGUCGAGGCAGAGGACGGGCAGUAUGAUGUCAUGUUCAUCGGCACAGACAUUGGUACAGUACUGAAGGUCAUUGCCCUGCACAGUGGAAACAGCCUGGAGACAGAGGUCAUCACACUAGAGGAGCUACAAGUCUUUAAAGUGCCAACUCCAGUUACUUCAAUGGACAUAUCUGUGAAAAGGCAAGCCCUAUAUGUGGGCUCUCCAGCAGGUGUGGCGCAGAUGAAGCUGCAUCGCUGUGAGACUUAUGGGAAAGCCUGUGCUGAGUGCUGCCUGGCCAGAGACCCUUACUGCGCCUGGGAUGGAUCAUUGUGCGCACGAUACGUGCCCAACAGCAAACGCCGCUACCGCAGACAGGACAUCAGGCAUGGAAACCCGGUACUGCAGUGUGUGGAUCAGAAUCUGAGUGAAGACCUUGAUGUGACAGAGGACAGGGUGGUGUAUGGGACAGAGAACAACAGCACCUUCCUGGAAUGUGUUCCUCGCUCUCCACAAGCUACUGUUAGCUGGCUCGUCCAACGUGACGACCACAAGGAAGAGGUGAAGCUAGAUGAUCGUGUGAUGUCUACGGAGCAGGGCCUCCUGUUUCGUCGUCUCUUCCGCCAGGACGAAGGCAUGUACAUCUGCCGCUCCCGAGAGCAUGGCUUCACACAGACCCUGGCCCGCCUAACCCUCGAAGUCCUCCAGGGGGAGACUGUGGACGAGCUCAUGGCACGUGACAAUGCUGGCCUCUCUGACUCAUUCAAAGAUCGGUCUACAGGAAGCUACAGGACCUGGAUGCCUUGUAGUGCAUACAGCAGGGGUGGCUCAUCAAGCCAAAUGGGCCAAUCACGAACAUGGUUCAAGGAUAUCAUGCAGCUGAUUGGGACAUCGAACCUGCCGCACGUGGAGGAGUACUGCGAGAGGAUGUGGUGCAACGACAAGCUGAGGAGGAAACACAAGAGCAUGCUGGAGAAAUACCGCCAGGCGCAGGAUGGCGCCAGAAAGGCUCGUAGCAAGAGCUCCGGGGAACGUAACCGGACGCCAAGGGAUCUCAGAGCAUGGGAGGAGUAACGGAGAGAAAGCGAGCAGGGAAAAAAGAAGGAAUAAAUGAAAGAAGAAAAAAGGACAAAGAUUACAGUACAGGACAAGAUUAAUUGGGCAGUAAAAAGGGUCAAGACCAGCAUCAACUCCUAAUAGUUGAAACUUUGGCACUUGGAUUUGUAAGAAUGAGGUAGAUCAGAACAGUGUGUCUGCUUUGGCCACUGAACCUAACAGAAUGAAUUUUAUGAAAUCAGUGUAUGUGUAGGUGAGAUGCUAGGGGUUGGUUCUGAAUAUGGCCCAAAAACGACAGAAGUGUUUGGUUGUCUGGAAAGACAGCACAAAAAGAGACUGCUACUGAACUGAACAGAUUGUUGCUGAUGUAAUGAUGUUGAUAAAGAGGAGAUGAGAAACAGUCUUUCAAAUACACUCUGAGGAUGCUUUUGAAAAAUCUUGAUUACCAAGGAUUCCUCCCCCUCUCACACUUUAGCCCUUGUAUAUUUUUAUUGUUAUUGAAAUGACAGACACUGCUUUCAUCAAAUCAUAUAAAACCUUCAAAACUUCACAAACCUCAGAUGUAUAAAACGCAUGCAUGCCUGUGGACGACAGCCUCGUGGAUUCUUUGAUGAACAGUUUGCCUUGGCUUUUGGCAAAUUGGGGCUUCAAAAGAGAGGAACAUCUAUUUACAUACUUUGCAUCUUUGGAUAACAAAAUAGCAAGUUUGCAAAGUGCAGCUCUGACACCCAUGGACACAUACACUUACUUUGCAUUUGUUUUUCUCACUACCAGGUUGGACACAUUUCACACAAUUCACUGGAUUCAUCUCCUUCUCACUUGGUAUUUAAUGGUCCAUGUUUCUUGACUAGCUCUGCACUUGGCUUUUUUAUGAAAUAUUCAUGUGUGACAGUUCAUCUGACUUUGUUUGCAGUUUAAUUAUAAGGGACAUUUGCAGCUAAUGCACACAGGCUUAGACACUUACUGUAUCUGAUCUCGCCAGUACACACACACACACACACACACACACACACACACACACACACACACACACACACACACACACACACACACACACACACACACACACACACACACACACACACACACACACACACACACACACACACACACACACACACACACACACACACACACACGGCUUAGAGGUAGAGCGGGUCACCCACUAAUCGGAAGAUUGGCUGUUCGAUCCUUGGCCUUUCCACAGCCCUGCGCAUAAGCUCAACUAGCUCAAGCUAUCGUGGAAGCUAAUAUGAGACGACUGUUGAUGGUUCAACAGAUUAAAUGCACAUUGCUUUAUGCACCGACCCUUAAAGGGAUAUUUCACAGAGGCUUAUUUUCAUGAUUUGGGGUACAUACUGUAACACCUCAUGGAAUGUACCUAAUGACCACAAUCAACCUCCAAUAUUUAAGUCCAUGGGGAUCCUUAUGCAACUCACUGAAAACUAUGUCAGUGACAUUAACACCAAUCCAGCAAGUAGGCGUGCAAAUAAUGAUUAUUUAUCAAAUAAUUUGUUCGUAAUUCUUAUUAUUUGAGUAAUUGUUUAGUCUAAAACUGUGAAACUUGUCCAUCACAAUUUACCAUAGCCCAAGGUGACAUCUUCAAAGUGCUUUUUUCUUUCCGACCAACAGUCAAAAACAAGCCAUUAAAGGAGAAAUUACAUAAUCUGACCUCUCUUUAAACAUCCACUAAAGUCAUUUCCCCACAAUUCCUGUGUGUGCUGUAGCUCUCCAGUGAUAAUAGAGGAAACAAUAGAAGGGGUCAGCUGUAAUUGCGGACUCUUCUUGUGCUUUCUGUUUUGUAAACACUGGUUUUAAGACAGUUCAGGGUUUAAACACAUGAUAAUCAACAUUGUUAUAUUCUUCAGUUUUGUUGUUAAAAUAUAACUUUUACUGUUAAUGAAACCAAAAAAGGUUUUCCUUCCACAGGUGACAGGUGGAAGGUUGAAUUCAUUAAUUGAUUGAGACAAAACAAAACAGAUAAAGAAACAGGGCACAAGAAAAUACUGGCCUUUAAUGGGGUGAGAUUUGAUUAAUUUUAACCUAAAGUCAAAUUUGGCUUCAGUUUCAGUGAUGGCUUUGAGGAUGGGAGUGAGAUCUUUUAGAGCUUCAGUAAUAUAAUAAAAAAGGAGUGAAGAUGGGGAGAAGAAAGGAGAGGGAGAUUUUUAAAAUAAAGGUACUAUAAGCAUCUUGUGAAAGCUGCAUUUGCAAUUUAAUAAAUCCCUAUUAAAACCCAUUUUCCCACAUUUCAUCAGUAUGAAGUGAGUAUUUCAAAAGGUGACAAACUUUUUCCCCAGUUUGUACAGCACACUUAAGCACAGAUUUUACUCUAGCAAAGUUUAUUUUCUUAGUUUUAGGAUUGUGAGACUGACUAUUAUACUCCAUUUAUGGUGUUUUCUCUAAAAAUAUUGCUUCUGAUGCGUAUCUAAACUGAAAGAAAAUAAUCGAAUGACAGGAGGAUGGUAUGCAUGAAACAAAGAGACAGACAGUUGGCAGGGUAAAAUAGAGUUAAAAACUUGAUUUAUCUUCAAUUCUCAAAAGUUUGUUUUCUCUGUAACUAUUUUAUAUUUUAGUCUUGUCAUAUGUUCAUGGAAACAGCUGCACAAGUACUUGGUCUGGUCUGCUCUGAUCUAUGAAGAUGAUAAAAAUAAAUGUUUUUGUUGUGGUAUAAUUUGUUUGUUUGAGCUUCUGCUUCUCUAAGGCCACAUCAUGAUACUGAAUUACUGUGUUUAAGGUAUAAUUUUUGUGAUUGAUUGUAAACUUACAGUGUGUAAAAUUGUCUAAAAAUACAAGUUUCCAUUUUACAGCAACUGUCAUAACAUGGAACUGCCAAAAUAAAUGCUGAUACUUUUUUUCUGUAUAGUGUUUUGAAACUUAAAAUGACACAAAAGUCAUCAGGAUAAUAUUUAUGCAUUUUGCAAAUAUGGAAUUCUUAGUUGCUAAAAACAUGUGCAUCAUUGAUUAAAUGUUAGUUAUUUGUGCAUGUUCAAACCAUAUUAUAAAGCCUUCAAAUGCAUUUCAGUUGUUGCACAGUUGUACAAAGUGUGUUGUGGUGUUGCAGCUUACAUUUAUAUUUUUUUAACUUACUCUUAAGCUGUUCACUCUCUAUAGCUAGUUUAGUGCAGUUUGUCAAUAUUUUUUUAACUUUUAUCUAAAACACAUUGAAUUUCACACUCAUCAAUGUUGUCAAUGUAUUGUGAUAGCUUUUGUAAAAGUGGUGCAGGGUUUCUCUCAGCCAAACUACACCAGGUGAUUUCACUGAUUAGUUACUCCUCCUGAUUGGAGGUGCACUAAUUAAUAAAUACCUGCACAUGCUCUGGUUACUACAGCGACGCUACAUUAAGCAGACCAGAGGUUCAGUCAGUAACACACUGUGAACGAAGAAACUGCAGUAAAUACGUUCAGGCAUUUUUUAUUUUUUUUAAUGGCAUCCAUGAAGUUGGAAAGUCAGCGACAAGCACACCAUUGCCAUUUUGAACUUUAAAGGUUCAACAAGCAUGCUUUCCCUACAUAAAACAGUUCUUACUGAACAUACAAGCAACACUCUCAAUGUAGAUUUUAGGCUGAAAAGUGUAAGGAUCCUUGGAUUAAAAAUUAACAUUCAAUUGGUGAACUGUGCUUUUAUUGUACUGUAAAACUAUGCUGGUUGUGGGGCCUCUGACAGAGCCUGAUUUAAAUGCAUAUUUAUGUUUUAUUUAAGUGUCUUUCUACCGUGCAUGCUUUGUAUUUGUAUGCUAUUUAACAGCAUUAAAAGUUGACUUUCUAACAUAAA